ACUACUGUCUUUUGACCAUUGUAACAAAAAUUUGCAUCAUUCCACAGCAUUCCACAGACUGCCGUGUGCACAGCUAAGUUUUUUUUUCAAGCAUAUUGAGUUUACACACCACCGUAGACUUGACGUCUUUUAUUCAAGUUUCUAAGUGAUUUUUUUUACAGAAAAAAAAAACUCUUUUUUGUUAAUGGUUGAAAACUAUUUUUGUUACCACUUUUUGAACUUGGAGUUUUUUUUCAACUCAAGAAUUCAUCUUUGUGUCAUUUAAAAUUAACAAUAAAAAAAAAUCUAUUUUAUAAAAUAAAAAAUAGAUAAAUUUAUAAAAAAUGCCUGUUUUUCAUACAAAAACUAUUGAAAGCAUCCUCGAGCCCGUAGCGCAGCAGGUUUCAAGACUUGUUAUUCUUCAUGAAGAAGCUGAAGAUGGAAAUGCAAUGCCAGAUUUGGAGCGGCCUGUGUACGCCGUCAGCAUGGCAGUUACGAAUCUCGUAAAAGUCGGAAAAGAAACAAUUAAUUCUUCGGAUGAUGCGCUGCUUAAACAAGACAUGCCGGCUGCGCUCCAACGUGUUGAAGGUGCUUCAAGACUUCUUGAAGAGGCUUCGGCAUUGCUGAAGCAUGAUCCGUACUCUGGACCUGCCAGAAAAAAACUGAUUGAAGGCUCUAGAGGUAUUCUUCAAGGCACCAGUUCUCUGCUUCUGUGUUUUGAUGAAAGCGAAGUCCGAAAAAUAAUUAGAGAAUGUAAAAGAGUCUUGGAUUACUUGGCUGUAACAGAAGUUAUCGAAACAAUGGAGGACUUAGUUCAUUUCUUAAAAAAUCUCAGCCCGUGUUUGAGCAAAGUCUCACGUGAAGUGGGUGCAAGAGAAAAAGAAUUGACUCAUCAAGUUCAUCGUGAAAUUUUAAUUCGUUGUUUGGAUCAAGUUAAAACUCUGGCGCCUAUUUUAAUUUGUUCGAUGAAAAUAUUCAUUCAUAUUAUAUCUCAGGGAGGCAGAGGCGCUGAAGAAGCUGCAGAAAAUCGCAAUUAUCUUUCCAGUCGUAUGUCUGAUGAAUUAAAUGAAAUUAUUCGUGUGCUUCAAUUAACAACUUAUGAUGAAGAAGAGUGGGAUGCUGAUCAAUUGACGGUGUUGAAAAAAGCUCAAAGUGCCAUAGAAUCCCGAGUAAGAACCGCCCAUGAUUGGCUGGACGACGGUCGAGCAAUGCAAGGUGGAGUUGGUGAAAAAAGUUUGCGCCAAAUAAUCGAACAAGCAAACAAACUCGCCGAUCGGUAUUUGUCACCCUCACAAUCUGAAGCUAUGUCAAAAAUUACAUCGCAAUUGGCAACCAUGACUAAUGCACUUUGUGAAUUACGUCAGGACGGAAAAGGAACGUCUGUACAAGCAGAAUCGCUUGCUCGGGGAAUUAAAGAGAAGCUCAAUGAUCUCCGUUCUUCGGUAGCUUCAGCAAUUGUUGCUGUUGACAAAUCAGGAACAGCCCAAACAGCUCACACUGUCGCUGGUCGACUUGAGCAAGCCAAUAAAUGGCUGUUGAACCCUCAACAUGAUGAUAAAGGGCUCGGACAGCGUGCCAUAGCUAUGAUUAUUCACGAAGGAAAAAAAAAUCAGCAAAGUUUGCCUUACGUAAGUUUGUUAUUGUGUAGAAGAAUCUAUAAAAAUGUAGCUGAAGGCCUUCCAGGUAUUCAUAAAGCAGAAAUUCUCCAACUUUGCGAUGAAGUUGAGAACUUAUCACGCCAGUUGGCAGAUAUGUGUGCUUAUGGUCAAGGAAAUACGCCACGAGCGCAAGAGAUCGCCCGACAAUUAUCACAAAAGCUUUAUGAGCUGAAAAAUCGUAUUCAACAAGCAGUCGUGUCGCGAGUGGUUGAAGAUUUUAUUGACAUUACAACACCACUCAAGCAAUUUACCGACGCGGUUUUAACUCCCGAAGGUACUCCAGGACGUGAGCAAAAUUUCAACGACAAAACUCACGCGCUUCAGAUCUUUUCAAACCGAGCUGUUAAAACAGCGCGUAUGGUAGCUGCUGGUGGUAGCAGUGGCAAUAAAAAAUUAGCUGAAGCUCUGUUAAACAGCGCUUCUCAGGUCGAAUCAUUGACCCCGCAAUUGGUCAAUGCUGGACGCAUCAGAAUGAGCUAUCCGGAAAGCAAAGCUGCUGAUGAGCACUUUGAAAAUUUGCGUCAGCAGUAUGCUGAGACGAUGCAGCGCACAAGAGCGCUUUGUGAUGAAGCCACUGAUAGCGCUGAUUUUAUCCGUACGUCCGAGGAACAAAUGCAGAAACAUACUUUCCUUUGUGAAGAAGCCAUUGCUAAGCAACAUCCACAAAAAAUGGUUGAUAAUACCGCUGCUAUCGCGCGCUUAGCCAAUCGAGUUAUUCUUGUCGCUAAGCAAGAGAGCGACAAUAGUGAAGAUUUGUCGUUUAUUCAACGGGUUAAUCAAACUGCUGAUGUUCUUCAGCACUGUGUUACUCCCAUGGUCCAGGAUGCUAAAGCCGUCGCUAUGAAUAUCACUGAUGGGCCGUCUAUUUCACAUUGGAGGGAAAGCAAUCGUGCUCUUUUAAAUAGCGUGGGUCAAGUUCGCAAAGCUUUGCAUCCUGAUCAAAGAACUUCUCCGGACAUUUCGCAACUGCAUAUUAGCGAUGUGGAUAAAGUGCCCGUACCUCGGCACACUUACUUUACAGAUAAAGUCGGUGAACCUUUGAAGAAUCAGCCGUCACCCAGCCACUUGAGCGCGGUCAGCCCGACAUUUAAUGCUGACAAAUCGCAGCAUCGUUCCAUCAGUCCGUUGCCUAAAUGGGCACGUGGAGGAGAUAAUCCAGAUCUGCUAUACCAGGAACUAGCCUCUGACAACAACUUUGAGAAAACGGUUCAACCCGGAGGAUGUUACGAUAAUUACAUUGAGGAUAAAUAUGAAAUGGCACCACCUAGACCUCCUUUACCAGGGGGAGAGAUAGCCCCUCCAAGACCACCACCACCAGAGACUGAUGAUGAAGACGAGAUGUUUAUGCAUGCUCCUCAACCUAAUCAACCAAUUAUGAUGGCAGCUCAUGGUCUUCAUCAAGAAGUUCGUCAGUGGUCUAGCAAAGAUAAUGAUAUUAUUGCUGCUGCUAAAAAAAUGGCUAUUUUGAUGGCUCGUCUUUCUGGUUUAGUUCGAGGCGAAGGUGGUAAUAAACGUGAUUUGAUUGCUUGUGCUAAAGCUAUUGCUGAAGCAUCACAGGAAGUUACACGUUUAGCUAAAGAAUUGGCUCGAGAGUGCACUGAUAAGCGUAUUCGCACGAACUUGCUUCAAGUAUGUGAAAGAAUUCCGACAAUAGGAACUCAAUUGAAGAUUCUAUCGACUGUAAAAGCGACAAUGCUUGGUGCUCAAGAAACGCUCCCCACCUGGGAAGAACUGAUGCUAUAUGGUACGGAGGAGGAUCAAGAAGCAACUGACAUGCUUGUCGGAAACGCGCAAAAUCUUAUGCAGAGCGUAAAGGAGACAGUAAGAGCUGCCGAGUGUGCAAGUAUAAAGAUUCGUACGGCCUCGGGAAUGAAACUACGUUGGGUUCGUCGUCAGCCUUGGUACCAAUAUUAGAA